GUGAUGCUCGAUAAGUCAUUCCAAGGUAUGAGGUCAGACCAAAUGCCGGUGCAGACCGACGCUCCCGCAAGGGGAGGUCCGCCCCAAAGGUACGUUCUCCAGCCACGCCGAGUCGUCCUGCACACGUGCAUCGCCUAUACUCAGAAGCCGCCUCAUUCUAUUCCCAACCCUGGAAACGGGCUCUUCCUUACUCCCUUCUACUCCAUCCCCCAGCAACAAUCGCUUAAAUUCUGCCUAAGACGGGAGCAGCCGGAAAUGCCACGGUCCCAGAAAGCACCGCGCGCCCCAGUACUUCCGGCCCGCUCGCUUUCCUCCCCGCAGUCCGUUCAGCUUUGCAGGCCGCCGUGAGGGGAGUGAUGGCCGAGCUGGACAUUGGAAAGCACUGCCAGGUGGAGCAUUGCCGGCAGAAAGAUUUUCUUCCAUUUGUAUGUGAUGGCUGUUCAGGAAUAUUUUGUCUUGAACACAGAAGCAGGGAAUCUCAUGGCUGUUCUGAGUUGAACAUAAAAAGUGAGAGAUUGAAGACUGAUGACCAUUCAUCUUACCCAUGUUCAUACAAAGACUGCAGUGGAAAAGAGCUUGUGCCGGUGUUAUGUCCCUUCUGUGAGAAGAAUUUUUGCCUGAGACACCGGCACCAGUCAGACCAUGAAUGUGAAAAACUGGAAGUUCCUCAGGCUCGAAUGGCUGUCACACAGCAGCUUAUUAAAGAUAUCAUAGAUUCUAAAAAAGGAGCUGCAGUAAGUAAAGGGCGCAGAGGUGCAAGGAACAGUGAAACUGCAGCAAAGGUUGCACUGAUGAAAUUAAAAAUGCAUGCUGAUGGAGAUAACUCUUUGCCACAGACAGAAAGAAUUUAUUUUCAGGUGUUCUUACCUAAAGGGAGCAAGGAGAAAAGCAAGCCCAUGUUCUUUUGUUGUAAAUGGAGUAUUGGCAAGGUGGUGGAUUUCGCAGCUUCAUUAGCCAAUCUUAAAAAUGAGAACAACAAAGCAACAGCUAAGAAAUUAAGAUUGUGUAACAUUGCAACAGGAGAAGCCUUACCUUCAGAUCAAUCUUUGGACACAUAUAUUACCAAGGAAGAUUGUCCUUUAUAUAAUGGUGGAAAUAUAAUUUUAGAAUAUCUUAAUAAUGAAGAGCAAUUUUUGGAAAAUGCUGAUUCUUACUUAAAGUAGCCAUUCGAGGACAACCCAUAAUCAUUAGGGAAACAAUAUUCUUAAAUUAAUUUAUUAAAUUAAAACUAUGUACUCUUAAAAGAAAGAUGCUUUAAGCUUAGUUUGACUAUGAUAAUGAUACACUCUGUAAUGAGUUUUAUAUAAAAUAUUUUUGUAGGUAUGAUGAAAGUAAGUUUGGGGCUGAAAACUGUUUUUCAGCAAAUUCAAGUUUUAAGCAUCACUAUAUAUAUAUGUACACAUAGAUAGCAAUUAGAUCAUGUUUGGUAAUGGAGAGUAAUUCUUUAUCUAAAACUUCAUCAUCAGAAGUAGUAAUAAAAGAGAAGAUAUAGGAACAAUAAUUAUAAACAAUAAAAUUUGCAAAGUGUUUUAUAAUAUGUUACCUUAUCUGAAUCUUACAGUGGCACUGUUGAGUCAGGUUGAGGGUAAUAGGAAUGCCAAAUAUUGGGGGUGGGGAAGACAUUCCUGUACAAAAUCUUGAUCUCAUUAGUUUUGGCUUUAAGAGGGAAUAACUUAAUCAUUCAGUUGGGUUUAAAAUUUUAUUUAACCCCAAAGGCAGGAGGAGGAGAAAGAAGACAAGAAAAGGAAGGGACAGGAUAGAAGGAAUGGCAGAAACGCUAGGGAAAAAGGUAAGAGAAGGAAGGAAGGAUUGAUAGAAUAUAAGGUAGUAGGUGGAAUAGG